AUGAAAAUUUUUAAUUACAUAUGUGGGCGUCCGUUAAGUGGUGGUGUUGCUCCUUUAAUAUACAACCCAGUUCGUAAAUGGUUAAUUAUUUUAAUGAUGCUGUAUAUAUGUUUAUCUAUUUUAUCUUAUGGUAUAUUCUUAUUUCCAAAAGCGUCUGAUUUACAAUGCUCUGCUUUAAUUAAUUCAUUAUUUAAUUUCUCUUUAUCCAUAGGAGCAUCAAAUAUUAUGGCUCCUUAUUUUUCUAUAAUAAGCUGUAGAGAAUGGGGAACAGAGCAUGAAUGGGCAUUAGUAGCAUUAGUGUCAGCUGUCAUGGCAAUAAUUGAUGUCGGUUCUAGUUGUUAUGGCAUUUAUGUUUUGUAUACUAUAAUUGAUGUUAUAUUUGUAAACAUUUCAAGUAUACACGAUGAUUGUAAUUCUUAUAAAGCUGUGCUUUUUUUUUCAGCCAAUUCUUUUUUAGUAGCUCUUCACUUAAUUGUUGCUAUAGUUUGCACUGUUGUCUUUUUUUUGCUUAUGGCAGGUAUUGAUAAACAAUUACAUGAUAUUAGAAACACUGUUUAA